UCGAAUCCUUGCGACGUAUCAGUAUAUAAAGAGAUGAAACCCUAUCCAGAUUACGGGACGGGAAAAUACGUUUGCCGAUGUCCAGCGGUUGUACCGAACAACACGCAAGGUUGGACCAAAGUGAACACAGACCCUGUUAAAGUUGGAACCAAAGAUAAUAGACCAGGAAUUGUCAAGGUCCCAAAACCCGGCAAAAUCCUUAAGUUUAAACUAGUUCACGUGUGUGGUGGUAUUUCUUGUUCAUAUCGCUACCCUCUAACUCACUUUGGUUGUCACCAGUCGUUUUUUGGCCUUUUCAUAACCGACACUACAAAGCAGGUACUAUCACCCAAGCUAAAGCACCAACAUGCCUCUUUUUACAGCAUCCCAGGUUCAACGCCUUACGACGCCGAAUUCACGCUUCCUGAAAUGUCCCCAACUCUUAACGUUGCUAACCAACAAGAGCUCCAAAUUUGGUAUGGAGAGGAUGCAUUUAACCAUUAUGAAACUGAUAAUUUUGGCAUUGUCCAGAUUGACUUGUACUGCUAUUAUAUCUAACAGGACUGAUUCGCACGUAUACACGAUUCUCAUAAUGGCCGACACUAAUUAGCAUAUUAUCUCUCAAUUCAUAAUGUUGACAAAAGAAAACAAUCAAAUGGUAGAUAUCAAAGCCAAAGAUAAACUCUGAAAGUUUCAGGGGAAAAUAUUUAAUCCUCUUGACGUUGUAAGGGUUAGAAGAGGUACGAAAACACCAAAACGAGGCUACCCAGUCACCAGCAAAGAAUUCCAUACAAAUUUAUGUAUUUUAAUUCCUCCAUAACUUUGUUAGUUUAUGGCUUCAAAACUUUCCAUGAAUACCUAUAUUUCCAGUAGUUCUUCCAUAUGACAGUGUUGAAUGUUUCCAAAAUAUUAUGAAUUGUAUAAAAUCGAUGGUAGGCACUCAUGAGAGUGGUCUAUAGGGAGGAUUUCGCAUGAGAGUAUCCAAAAAAAAGGCACAUUCGUGCUUUGGCCGUACCGUGCCGUGCCGUGUUGGUGAUGUAUUGUUGAAUUUUUAUUUUUAUUUGGAAUCACUACAAGGUGAAGUUCCGUGACCCAACCGUGCCCGUGCCGUGAUCCUUACCGUUACAAAGUCAUACGAAGUCCACUCUAUCUUUAUGUCAAAGCACCUUGCUCCAUAUCUGCAUCGCAAAAAAAGAGAAAAGAGGGAAAAUAAAAGACGUUUUCUGCUUGCUGGGUUGAAUCAUUCAAAAAAAAAUAAAAGACCAAUGACCAUGUUGGUCAAUUGUUACUGAAAGCUCCUCCAAGAUGGACGCUUAUGACGUAACCUGCAAACGAAGAAUUUGUAGCUGGGYCUGCAUUCAGUAAACUAGGAGACAAUCGAAUUCGUUCCAUAUAGAUAACAGGGAAUUUCGACAUAGGAUAACAAUAUAUGCCUGUACUUAGUCUAAUUUAUUUAGGUAUAAUUAACAAUAGAAGCGAAUUUCCAUUUAACGUAAUGUUCAUCAAGGAGACAAUUGCCUGAGCAUAAAUCACUUGUAUUGACAGCCGAGACAAUUUCUCGAAUGGCAGCACUUAUAACUCCUGAAAACAUUUCACAUUCUCUCUAAAUCUUGAGUACAAUUUAUAUUCUGAGUGUAACGAAGCAAUUGAAAUACAUUUUGUUAGAAUAGGCAUUUAGCGGGUGCCUAGUGGAUACUUUGGCACGAUUCCCUUUUUUCAGCACUGCUGUAACUCAAAAAACUUCAACUAUCAGAAUAAACWUACCUAUAGAAACAUGGAAAACGUAGUGACGGUGAAAAGUACGAAGAACAAGGCAGAUCUAUAAGAAUGCCCUUCCCCCUCCCCCAAUUCGAAUUGGCUUUGAAUUCAAA